AUGGUUUCUGCAUCGGACAAGCCGGAGCCCACAACCCCACGGCACGAUAGCAUUCAAAUGCCGAAAGAGAACCCAACCUCCAAGCCUACCCCUACCACUACCAUCUUCCAAACGCAACCCUCUGCCGCAGACAGCCCGGAGCCUGCCUUCGAUGAAUCUCAUAGUCCAGUAGUCAUCGAGAUUGUUGAUCCUGAGGACGGCCACAGGCACGACCAAUAUCCACCGAUCAUGGUGCUGAACAACGUGGAUGAUACGCUGGAGCAACACAUCCUCCGCCGAUUCCCUUUUGCGGAGGCGUGUAGUGGCAACCCACACGAGGCAGCGGCGGCUAUUCUCAAGCACAUAGCGGACGAACAACCUUUGAACCCGGAAUUCCUGGAGCAAAUCACCAUCUGGUUUGCGGAUCAAUUGGAAGUCCUCGAACACCGACACUUCCCCUGGAGGCGUUUAUAUUCUGAUCAGCUAGCCCUCUGGAACGAUGUUGGACACGCUGUCUUGAAGCUACUCCACAGACACACGGAUUUCGGGGGCGAGUUCGCACGUCUUCCCAACGAGCGCGCGCAAAGGGCGAUACAGGAUCUGCUUGGUCACUACGUGCGCUUAUGCUCGCGCUUCGUAGCGAUCGAUGCGGCGGCUUUAGAAAGCACCCCUCAACACGAAGCUGCGCCGACAUUAAUGUGUCACAUCCACCUGAGGGUACUGAUCAUCAUCAUCCUCUGCUCACCUAAGACGAACAUCUGGCGACACAUUCAAAAUAGCUACAGUGGUCAUGUUGAGGCUAUCUGCAGCUCAAUUGCAGGCGAAUUCCUGGCCCCGGCAGUAGACGGGAUCGGCAAUCUCUCGAAGCUCAUCAGAGUGGCACUUCCGCGGAUCAACAACUGCGCAGGAAUUAGUUUCAUCGUAGGGCAAUGUUUUGAAGUCGCUGAUCGUAUUGGAGUCUUAGCCGUAUGGUCCGCUGAAGCGGAAUUUAGGACUAGUCUUCCGUCUCCUUUAGGCGCAUAUGCAAAGCAGGCUGCAGAGCUAGUUCAGAACGUCGAUGGAGAGCUCCACGACACCGUUGCGAGACUAAACUCUGGCCUGCCAAUCGACUUCCGGAGGGACCUUGCCCUCAGGCCUGCUAGACUCAUCACUCACGCCAUGGAACUGGACGAGCAUUUGGCCAGACGUCUGUUUGCAGAGCGCAUUGAUAGUACGAGGCUUGAAGGAAAAGUUGAGCUGAGACACUACCCCGAUUUGGUCAGCAACGUCUGGAAGAUCACGUUUUUAAUGAAGUACAUCACGAAAGGCCGCAUGGACUUGCGUGUGUUAGGUGUGGAAACUUUGAGUCGCGAGCUCGUUGAAGUCUACAAGAAGUUCAACCGAUCACCUCAUAACCAUCUACACCCGGUGUUACAAUAUCUGGCAGGCAUACUGCUCGAAUCCAAAGUUGUGGACUACAUGAUGGGCGUCAACUCCCACCAUCAGCUCAUAUCCCGGAGCGGCAACGUGAUCGGGUUCUUGGCAGUCACGCGGAGAUACACCUCACGGGAGACCGAUAUCAUCUGGGACACUAUCACUAAAGGCCAAGAUCCGGGAAUUGUUGCCACUACGUUGCAAAUGCUUCCCACUGUCACUGGCCUGGUGGAAGCGUCUGAGCUUCUUUAUUUCUGCGACAAACUCUCCAGACUCUCCCCGGAUGCCUUCAACCCGGACAUGGUGAGCUUCACCCGUGAUCUAUUUGAGAAGAUCCGAAACAGGCGCGGUGACUAUGCCACGGAAGGAAAUAGCCUUCUGCCCCAUCAAGUUUGUAUGCGGCUCAUUCGGGAGACAUGUGCGCUCGAAACAACUGAUGCUCAUGCUGUUUUUGAGAUGGCCACCCACGAGCUCCUACUCUUCUCCCAACUCAUGGCGAACGCAGAUGAUCGUCGGACGAUUUGUAAAGACUGUGCUCAGAGCGUGAAGGACCAGAUGAAGGAUGCCACUGGUAGCAUACGGAUCCUGUUGACCAUGGUCAGACUCAUGCCGGAGCAAGACAUGGAUUUUCUUGCCCAAGAAUUGGACUUGACACAGCAUCUGAUAAAAGAGUUCUGCAGCUACGUAGACAACGGACGCCAUCUUGGACCUUCGGUGUCGCAGAAUACCGGUAUGAAUGUCCGGUUGGAACUAUUAUUAUCCUACUUCGUGCGUUGUCGUCCGCAAACGAUACCGGAAAACCUUUACGGAUCAUUCUGGGAUCAUCUGGUCGGAAAGGACGCGCUGCGCAACGACCUUCGUGACGCGGCAUGGCAGUUCCUCUCCGACAUCCACCGGCAGCCGGGUGUUCAUAAUCAGUUCCUCGACUGGUGCAUCGCGAAUCGGCUAACAACCGUUGAGCCCGAACACUUCAGCCAGGUCUUCUACCAAUUCGUUACCCAGCUUACGCAGCACCAGAUUCGCACCGAACUGCAGGUGUCCGAUGAUGGCGUCAUUCAAAUCCCCAGUCAUGAACUACUCUGGAAAAUGGUGCUUACUGCGCCUGACAACACCAUUGAGUUCCACACCGCUAAAUUUUUGGCUACGACUUACUUGGACCCCGUGUUGCGUAAACACGUGGGUCUGGCGGUCAUGGAAGCUUCGCAUACUGCUGUAGUCAAUUUGUGCAUGCAACAACUUGCCAGUACCUUCGCGGCAAGGCGGGCCCUUGCCUCCUCUGCUCCCUGUUCAAACGCAUCAGACCACCCGCUAGAGAGUCUCCCCCAAUCUAAUACCAAAGAGACUGCGCCCGAAAGUACUUCUAUCGAAGCAACAGAGCUUCACUUCACUCGCACGUUACUCUUCCUGAAGACUCUACUGACGCAUGUCCGAAUCAAUCCGGACUAUUCACUACCGAAGGCGUUGACUGCCGGCGCAGUUGCCUCAUCGUUCGAUGAGCUUCCUGGAAAUGUAGUUGAUCUUCGCUACCAGGCCUUUGACGGUGGUCCCUCGGAGUUGAAGACAAUUCAGGUGGGCGACUUGGAAACCCAUCUGAGCAUAUAUCGUCGUCUUCAAUCUCUCACUGGGUUCGCGGAGUUCACCGUAAUAUCUGGCGGGCAAUGGCUUGACCUCCGGACGGAGCCCAGUCCCACACUUCACGAUUCUGCGAUCCAUACCAAGGGAGCCUUACUAGUAAAGAAGACUGCCGGCGGAGAAGAGGUGAAAGUUCCAUCCCUACGGGAAGAGUCUGUAAUUGAACGAGGGAUCAAGAGCCACUUCGAUCAGUUAUACAGCUUCAUGGAUUCGGGCGACAAGCUGAGUAGCUCGACCUACAGCUUCCUCCAGGUAGUCUAUCCGAACAACAAACCGCUAGAAUCGGGCGCUACUGGAGGCGUGUCACUACAACAGGCCUUCGUCUAUGGGAAGCCAUUUCAGACGCGGUUUACUGUUUCGGCGUUGACAGAUCAGCUGCAAUCUCAGCUACGCACGGGCCCGGCGGAUGUCGAGUUCCUCGCGCAAGGUGUCCGACUUCUCAGCUCUGCAGUGGUCGACGAGCGUCUGAUUAGCGGAGCUCUUGACACGGCGCACGAUUUGGAAAUCGCACAAUCGGUCACCCAGUCCCUUGUGGGCUUCCUCAAGGAGCGUCCACCCAAAGACAUAUCCAAUUCUUACUUUGCCGACAGCUCGAUGGCGAACCGAUUGGCAGCGCGCCUGAUACAGUUGCUGCGAGCCAGUCUGGACAGCUCUACAGCAGUCUCACUGGCAUUGAACUGCUACUCUGCCAUGCUGGAGAGUUGUAUGCACAGUCGGUUAAUGUGCGAUGCUUUCCUCCAUAGUCAAGACUUUCGGGAACUGCACCAUCGGCUUCUCCUCACAGACACGAGGGUUGCACUCCGCAGGGGCGUUGCACGCUUAGUCGAAGCAAAUUGUGGGCAACUGCCGGACACCGCACCCAUCGCGACCACCGAAGCAGUUUCAUUUUACUGGUCUACGCUCCGACCAAUACUGCGUCAUGCCACUGGGCACGCCAAGAACUCGCUUCAAUUGUUUACCGCUGCGGAGUUUGUUUUUUCCAGGACGGAGACCCAAGGCGAGCAAGAGCUUAGAGAAUAUAUCCAGGAAUGGGGUGGCCAGCUGUUGCAGUUCAGGCACAACGAGCGCGUCGGACGUGAAGCCGUUGACGAAGUCGUGCUCGGAUUCACAAAAUUGCUGACGCACUGCGUCCGAAGGCUAAAGUCACAGCUCAAGUCCCCUAAGCGGCAGAUAGAUGUCGGAACCCUGAUGGACCAGAUCUUCGCAACAUUCCUGUUCCCGUCUGGCUCUCCUUCACGGACGCCUGGCGAAGCGGACAGCCUGAUUCAGCUUCCUGUCUUGAACCCCCAAACGCGGAGAGCGCUCUAUGAUCUUGUUCUCGAUCUUUGCAACGAUGAUGCUAGCCUUGGCAAGCUGGUGACACGCACGGCUUCGCUGAUUCCGGAUGAGUUUGACUUAAGUUUCGAUGUCUACCUCUACGAUCGGACGAAGGAACUCCGUGCUUCCAAUGGCCAUGUUGGCAUAGUCAACCUUGGAGCUUCGUGCUACAUGAACUCAUUGUUGGUGCAGCUGUACAUGAACGUUCCCUUUCGCGAAGCCAUCUUACGUGCAAAAAGCGAGCAGCCUCUACUCGUUCAGACUCAACGGCUCUUCGCCUACAUGCAAGACGGCUUUGGUAGAGCAGUAAACGCUCGGGAUCUCGCAAGAUGCAUUCGGAUUGAUGGUCAAUUCAUCGAUACAUCCAAGCAAAUGGACACCGAAGAGUUCUACAGCGGCUUGAUGGACCAGUGGGAGUUCGCGAUGCCGUCGACUGAUGCAAGGGAGAAUUUGCGUGGCUUCUACGGAGGCCAAAUCAUCCAUCAGACGAAGUCGAGAGACUGCGACCAUGUUUCCGAGACGACCGAGCCUUUCAACAGGAUUCAAUGCGUGGUCCAGGGCAAAGCAACGCUCCAAGACAGCCUUAAGUCGUACGUCGAAGGAGACGUUCUCGAAGGCGACAACAAGUACAAAUGUGAGCGAUGCGACGGCCGACUCGUGGAUGCUGUCAGACGCACUUGUCUAAAGGAGAUUCCUGAUAACUUAAUCUUUUCCCUCAAGCGCUUCGACGUGAACCCGCUCACUUGGGAACGGUGCAAGGUGAACGAUCGUUUCGAGUUCCCGCAGGCUAUCGACAUGAGCCAGUACAAAUUGGAGCACCUCAGCGACCCGGGUACCCCAGUAGCAGAGGACAUGUUCGAACUCGUCGGUGCUCUUGUUCAUACAGGCAGCAUCGAUUCCGGCCAUUACUUUUCGUACAUACGGGUACGCCCAGGAGCAAGCCCGGAAACCUGGUUGGAGUUCAAUGACGACAUCGUUAGAGAAUUCGACCCGAAGUUCAUUCCUGACCUGUGCUAUGGAGGGUACUCCGAUGAGACAGACAUGCAGAAGCACUGGAAUGCGUACAUGCUCUUCUAUCAGCGCAAAUCAACUAUCGAGGCAGGCUCGACUGGCGCAACAGGUGAAGUUACAGUGCCUAUCCCGGCGAACCUCGAGUUCGAGAUAGCGGCAGACAACGCUCGUCAAUUGCGAGAUUACUGCUUAUUCGAACCUUCACAUGCCGCCUUUGUACGGCAGGUGCUCCAAAAGCUUCGGACUGUCACCAACGGCGCCUGCUCGGAGGAGCACGAACUUGAGAACGAAACCAUUGCCAUGGUCAUGGAGCACCUAAACCUGGUUGUCGCUCGGACGAAGGGCAUUCCUGAAUUCGAGAACACAAUGAUGAUUCUUCGGAGGACAGUGAAGGGUUGUGUCGAUUGUUGCAAUGCCGUUAUGGAAUGGCUCGAUGAUCAUCCCUACGCGCUGCGCAACCUGCUCCUGGUUUCGACCCAGUUAGCGGUCCGUGAAGAUUUCGGAGCGUUCAUCGUAGAGAUGCUUGUGUUCCUCCGUGCUAAGGCCCCUAGUCUCUACGGCAGCGAGGUGUCCGAGGCUGACUCCGACAACGAUCAAUGUGAUCCGGACAACGGUGCCCUUGCACAUAUCAGCGCUCAGCUUGCAGAGCUGCUCGAGGGGCACCUGCACAUCAACGCUCGGGCCUGGGAUGACUUCUUCGGCCUGCUAAACUCGAUAGCGGCUAUGGGCAGCCGCGAGACCGUUACCCUCGUCGACAAGGGUUGUUUCACCGGAUGCUUAAGGAUUCUCAGCAUCCCGCUUAUGCCGAAUGUCAUGAAAGACGCAGAUGACUUCGUGCGCAUGUUCGAAAAGCGGAGGCCGAGAUUCGAUCAACUCACCAGAUUCUUCCACCGCAUGGUCUCAGCUCUCGAUCUGCACCAGCUUCGAGAUGACGAGGAAAAUUUGCUUGGUCUCUGGUACGAGGACAAGAAGGAACGAUGUCUUCCACACAUCUACAAGAUCUUGGAAGAGUGGAACGCUGCUGAGCGAGCCUUCAUCCCUGGAGAGAUCAUCAAGCACUACCUCGAAGCCGACUCGACGUUGAAGCUUUCUCCAUUGCUAUGCCAGACGAUUAUGAGUGGCAUUGAAAACUUCGCCCCGAACUUCGUCGACAAUUUCCUUACCGCAGGCCUCCACUUCUGCUACCACUGCCACGACAUCAAGCAGGCCAGCGCAGUCAUCAACGCAGCCGCGCAGAACACCCGGUCGCUGGGCACCGAAGGCGGCGCCGCGCACCUCGACUUCUUCCGCACUCUGUUUCGCAUAAAGAACGAGCAUCUAGAUGAUCAAAGCGGCCUCGGCCCUCUCUACCGCUGCGUCGUCCAGUACGCGCCGACCUGGCUACCAGGUCUUCUCAUGUACGCCGACAUCGACAUCCGCAGCGCCACCAUGGAGCUCCUGCACUUCCAGAUCCUGAACCGCCGGAUUCCCCCGAACCCGGACGCCGACGACAUGGUCCGCGCGGCGGCAGUGCGGCAGUUUCUGAAGAACGGCCGAAACUGGAUCCUGCAGGGCAUGAGCGCGAACUCGUCGAAGAAGCACCUGGUCGAUCUGUUCAAUGGCGUUAUGAGCGCCAUGGAGUGGUUCAGGGAGCUGGUUGAGGGCGACGAGAAUCCGUGCAGCAGGCCGGAGGAUGAGGACUUGUUGGAGUGGACUGAGGGGUUAAGGGAUGAUUUCAAGGCGUAUGUGGGGCCGGAUGAUGAGAUGCCUGGUUCUGGUAUGUCUCUGUUCUUUUAG